AAUUACUCGCUGCUCAGGGAGAGAGCUGAAGUGGUUGGCAUCCUCCCACUCUGUUGCUCCGGCUGUGUCUCCUCUGUUGCUCCGACUGCAGCUCAUUCUGUUAGAGUUCCUCAUUCAGCUGGUCACUGUGGCCAGAGGGUGUUGGCCUGCUCCCUUCCUCAAGUCUUCUUAAAGCCAUGGAUUUUUGUGGAGCAUUUUUCUUCCUGGCUCUCCCUUGAGUUGUUUUCCUUUCUUGGCUAUCUUGGGACUCUUCUUUGUGCUUCCAGACAUCGGUUGAGAGAAGGACUUCUUCUUCCUUGUCUCCUUGGUGUUGGCUGGUGGUUGCUCUUCAACAACUGGACUGGAGGCUCUUGGUUUUCUCUUCAUCUUCAACAAGUCAAUCUCUCUCAAGGGUCUCAGGUUGCAGCAUUCUUACCAGAGGCCAUUGGGCCUGGAGUUCCAGUUCCAGUGUCUGGAGAGUCCACCUCAGCUCAGCAAUCUCAUGCCGGUUGGCAAUUGUCAGCAGAAGCCAAUGCCUGCCCAUCAGUUCUUUACUCUGAGGUGUUAGAGUGGAAUAAAAAUAUAAAUACUUAUACUAGUUUUCAUGACUUCUGCUUAAUAUUGGGUAUUUUUUUGUUUUGUUUUGUUUUGGCGGUGAUAGGCUUACCUUACAUUAAACCAGGCCUUAGCCUUUCUGUGGCUUUGUUGUGGCAGAGCCUCAUAUUACUCUCUAGUCUGGUUCAGCAGGACAGUCGGGUCCACACCUGGGGCCGUUUGUUUUCUACGUUUACCUCAACAUAAGGUACCUUAUCAUUGUCAGCCUUCAUCUCCUGAUCCAAAAUAAAAUAAAAUGCCACAGGUUACUUGA